UGCAUAAUUUGGUCACCUCUUCUUCGUUCAUCGCCUAAAUUACGUCAACAUGUUGUUCGGAAUUCUAUGCCUUCUGUUACUCCCUUUUAGUUUUGCGUCCAUUAACACAACGUGUCUUCCCUCUGAUGAAGUGGAGGCGUUGAGGGACAUCGGAAGGAAGUUGCGUACAGAUUGGGAUUUCAACGAGGAUCCGUGUGGCGGAACAGGAAAUUGGGGCGUUGUUACUAACAACACUUUUGAGAAUAACGUCUCUUGUUCAUCAAACGUCACAAACUGCAAUAUCGUCACCAUAAGUCUUAAAGGGCAAAACCUGCAAGGCACUCUCCCGCCGGAACUCGUCAAGCUCCGUUACCUCCAAAUUCUAGACUUAACUCGCAACCUUCUCAGUGGUAACAUCCCUCCAGAAUGGGGUUCCAUGGAGCAGAUUGUAAACAUUUCUCUUCUCGCGAAUCGAUUAAAUGGAUCAAUCCCAAAGGAACUUGGAAAUAUUACCACACUCAAAACUCUAAAUGUAGAGGACAAUCUGAUGUCUGGAAGAAUUCCCGAGGAACUUGGUGACCUAUCAAGCAUUGAGAGCUUAUUGCUGAACGGCAACUAUUUUACUGGGGAGUUGCCUCCAUCACUUGCAAAUCUGAUCACGUUGAAGCAAUUUCGGAUCAGCAGUAACAAUUUCUCUGGGAAGAUCCCUGAUUUUAUUGGAGGAUGGCCGCGUCUAGAGACCUUGAGUAUGCAGGCCAGUGGAUUGGAGGGACCAAUACCUGUUAACUUUACUCGCUUGGCAAAUUUAUCAGACUUGAGAAUCAGCGACUUGGGAGGACCAGAGACACUUUUUCCAUCCUUUACUAAUACAAGUUUCAAGAACCUGAUCUUGAGGAAUUGCAAUCUAAUUGGCGAGUUACCAAAAUCCCUUGCUUCCCACCGAAGCACUCUGAAAGUUCUAGACCUCAGCUUUAACAAGCUCAAUGGAUCCAUUCCUGAUGAGUUCAGGGAUCUAGCACGAACAGACUUCAUCUAUCUUACUGGAAACAUGUUAUCUGGAAGAGUGCCUGAUUGGACGACCUCAGCAGAUAGCAUUGAUCUUUCAUACAACAAUUUUACGUUUGAAAGCUCACAAGGGUUAAGGUGUAUGGAUGGGAGAAGAAACUUGUUUGCUGCCUUUUCAAUGGAUAACACGUCUGAAGAGGUCUCAUGCUUGCAGGAUUACCGCUGUCCAAGAACUUUCUACUCCCUAUAUAUCAACUGUGGUGGAUCUGCACUAGAGGAUGAAAAUAAGGAUUAUGAAGCUGACGUGGAGACAGGUGGUGCUUCAUAUUUCUCUAUGGUUGAUAGGCGAUGGCGGUUUAGCAAUACUGGUCACUUCCUGGAUAAUAAUGGUGAAGACAAUUAUCUUCCUCCAAGUACUUCUAGGGUGGUGAACAACUCUGAAUUGUACCAGAGUGCACGAGCCUCAGCCUUAUCUUUGACAUAUUAUAGUUUGUGUAUGGCUGAAGGAAGCUAUAACGUAAGCCUUCAUUUUGCCGAGAUCUUUUUUACUGAUGAUGGAACAUAUAGCAGCCUUGGGAGGCGUGUAUUUGAUAUCUAUAUUCAGGGUGUGCUGGUGGAGAAGGAUUUUGACAUCAGUGAAAAAGCAGGUGGGGUUGGGAAAGCAUAUGUGAGUACACAUUCUGUAAAUGUUACCAGUACUUUGGAAAUCCGACUUUAUUGGGCUGGAAAAGGAACAAUCAAUAUCCCAAGUCGAGGAGUAUACGGUCCUAUUAUUUCAGCUAUUUCUGUGAAUUCAACUUCUACGGUGGAGCCACAAGAAGAUGGACCAGGAGAUGGUGUGUCUGGAGGGGUUGUGGCUGGAAUUGUGGUUGGAGCAGUUUGCAUCAUCAUCCUAAUUCUAGGAGUUCUAUGGUGGUGGGGUUAUUUGCGGCGCAGAGAUACUAUGGACUUAGAGUUGGCUGGUGUAACUGGUUCAUUUACAUUGCGGCAAAUUAAAGAUGCAACGAACAAUUUCGAUGAUGCUAAUAAGAUUGGAGAAGGUGGUUUUGGCUCUGUUUAUAAGGGUGUAUUGCCGGAUGGCACUUUAAUAGCUGUGAAACAGCUUUCUUCCAAAUCAAGGCAAGGAAAUAGGGAGUUCUUGAAUGAAUUAGGCAUGAUAUCUGCUUUGCAACACCCCCAUCUUGUGAAGCUGCAUGGAUGCUGUAUCGAAGGAAACCAAUUGUUGUUAGCGUAUGAAUACAUGGAAAACAACAGUCUUGCCCGUGCUUUGUUUGGGCCUAAACAAUGGCAGUUGGAACUUGAUUGGCCAACAAGAUACAGGAUCUGCAUCGGUAUAGCGAGAGGGAUGUCUUUUCUCCAUGAAGAAUCAAGAUUGAAGAUUGUGCAUAGAGACAUCAAAGCGACCAACGUGCUGCUCGAUAAGGAUUUAAACGCCAAGAUUUCUGAUUUUGGUUUGGCUAAGCUUGAUGAAGAGGACGACACCCAUAUAAGCACCCGCGUUGCUGGAACUUAUGGAUAUAUGGCUCCCGAAUACGCAUUGCGUGGUUACCUCACGGAUAAAGCCGAUGUCUAUAGCUAUGGCAUCGUCCUUUUAGAGAUCGUAAGCGGAAUGGCUAAUGUUGUCAACAGGGCAAAGGAGAAUCGUUUUGUUCUUCUUGAUCGGGCCAUUGAUUUGAAAGAUGAGGGUAAUUUGAUGGAGCUAGUUGAUCCGAGGUUGGGUUCAGACUACGACGUCAAAGAGAUGAUGAUAGUUAUAAAUCUCGCUCUAUUGUGCACUACGAUCUCUCCUACCGACAGGCCUGCAAUGUCAGCAGUUGUUAGCAUGCUCGAAGGAAGAAUAGUCCCUCGGGAAUUUGCUGUUGGACAAAGCAUCUCGAUGAGUGAAAUGGAUCGCGAGAAAAUGAUGAAGCAACUCGUGGGUAUGAACGAGAGCGGAAUGGAGGAAAUGUCGAUCCCGUACACUGAUUCGUUAGCUUCUACUGCCGAUCUGUACCCUGCUAAUGGUUUCAGUGAAUAUCUGCAGAAGAGAGAUGACGACGGGAAGAAGUUGUUAUCUUAGGUGUGUUUCGUUCUUAUUCUUAAUCGAUCACACUUACGAUACAGGAGAUGAAUUUUUUUAGCAUAAUAUUAUUAUAGCUUAGCAGUUUGAUUAUAUCUAUCACCCCUCAGCGAUAUUGGUCUGAUCUGAUCUGGUCUGGUCUGGUCUGAGUUUGAUUACAUAUGUGGUCGUUACUGAAGUUCUUAGAUUACCGAAAGACAUUUUUGGUCUUU